AGAUUUAUAAAUUAUUUAUAUAUUUUUGUGACUAGAAAUAUAUCAUAACUGUAUGUAUUUAUAUAUAUACUUAAUUUCAAUAUAUCACGUGAUAGUACAGCCAUGCGUCUUUUAUGCAACAUGGCGACCGGCAAAGGACUUGCAAUCGUUUUCCGAUCAAAGACUAUUAAUUUUAUCAGCAAUAGUAAAUUAAAUAAAUUGUCAUGUGGUAUUAUGCAGAAAUGUAGCACAUGUCAUCAAUCUAAUACAACAAUAGUAUUGAGUGUCGGCAACUGGAACUUAAAGAAAAUAGAAAAAUGUAUGAUAGGAAAUUUAACUCAAAUUCAAAGAGGAAUACAUACAACACAAAAACUAUUAAAACGUAAUUAUUAUGAAAUAUUGGGUGUAUCCAAAAAUGCUUCAGCAAAAGAUAUUAAAAAGGCUUAUUAUCAACUUGCUAAAAAAUAUCAUCCUGAUACAAAUAAAGGAGAUCCAGAUGCAAGUAAAAAGUUUCAGGAAGUUUCAGAAGCAUAUGAAGUACUAAGUGAUGAUAACAAAAGAAAAGAAUAUGAUACAUGGGGAGCUACAUCAGAACAAAUGGGAAUGGGACAACAGGGUACUGGUCAUACUAAAGACUUUAAUGAAGGAUGGCAAUUUCGGUCAUCAAUCAAUCCAGAAGAAUUAUUUAGAAAAAUAUUUGGAGAAACUGGAUUUCAAACUAAUAUUUUUAAUGAUUUUGAAGAUUAUCAAGAGUCAAAAUAUGGUUUUGGAGCAGCUCAAGAGGUUAUUAUGAAUUUAACAUUCCCUCAAGCUGCCAGAGGAGUGAAUAAAGAUAUACAACUAAAUGUAGUAGAUACAUGUCCAAAAUGUUUAGGUUCACGAUGUGAACCUGGAACAAAAGCAGUUAGAUGUCCAUAUUGUAAUGGAACUGGAAUGGAAACGAUUAGCACUGGUCCUUUUGUAAUGCGAUCUAGUUGCCGUUAUUGUUUAGGUACCAGAAUGUUUAUUAAAUAUCCCUGUCAGGAAUGUCAAGGAAAAGGACAAACGGUGCAGCGUAAAAAAGUGAUAGUUCCAGUACCAGCUGGUGUCGAAGAUGGUCAAACAAUUCGGAUGGCUGUUGGUAACAAAGAAGUAUUCAUAACAUUCCGUGUGGAAAAAUCAAAAUACUUUCGAAGAGAUGGUCCAGAUAUACAUACAGAUGCUCAAAUUUCAUUAUCACAAGCAGUACUUGGUGGUACAAUAAGAAUAGAAGGCGUUUAUGAGGAUCAUACUAUACAAAUUCGGCCUGGUACUUCAUCUCAUACUAAAAUUCGACUCAGUGGUAAAGGAAUGAAAAAAGUGAAUGGUGUAGGAUACGGAGAUCACUAUGUACAAAUUAAAAUUAUUGUACCUACAAAAUUAAAUGAUAAACAAUUAGCAUUACUUCAAGCAUAUGCUGAACUUGAAGAUGAUACACCUGGAAGUAUACAUGGCAUAACAUACAAAACAGAUGGUCCAAGGGUAAAAACUCAAGCGAGACAGAAUAUGCAAAGUGAACAGAAUGUUGAAAAUGAUGGUCUUCUUAAUAAAAUCAAGAAAGCUAUAUUUGGAUAGACUAAAAUUUGGGACUAAAGAGAGUUAUACUGGUCCUUUGAAUUUAGUGGAAUCUAUACGGAUAGCAUUAGAUGGCAAAAAUAUUUCUCAUAUAAACUGUGGAACUUCUGAUUCAGAAAAUAAAUCUCAAAAUAACACUGGAAAGAAAACGAAUAGAUUAAGAAAUGGAGAUAUUAAUACAAAGAGAAGACGGGAAGCAUCUUAAAGUUCAAAUUUGAAUAUUAACAAUUUUCAAUAAUUAAAAAAAAAGUAAAAA